UUUCAAAAACCAACGUCUCUCUCCUCAAGAAUUCAAAUUCGAAAAUAUACACUCUCACAGGCUCCACUUCCCUCUCUCUUCGAUUUGUCUUCUAUCUUAGAAUGGCGACUGCUAAUGGUUACUUGACUACACCCACAAAAACGCCAUCAUCAACGUCCUCAUCCAAGAAACAUCAACAGACCCCAAACUCCACGACGUCCUCAACCUCCAGAUUCGAGGCCUACAAUCGCUUACAAGCAGCCGCGGUUGCCUUCGGCGAGAAACUCCCUAUUCCUGAGAUCGUAGCCCUCGGUGGCCAAUCGGAUGGCAAGAGCUCGCUUCUUGAAGCACUACUUGGCUUUCGCUUCAAUGUCCGCGAGGUCGAGAUGGGGACCCGCAGGCCCCUUAUUCUGCAGAUGGUCCAUGAUCCAACUGCUCUUGAGCCCCGUUGUCGCUUUCAGGAAGAGGAUUCUGAGGAAUAUGGGAGUCCUGUUGUGUCAGCAUCAACAAUUGCAGAUAUUAUAAAAUCACGUACAGAGUCACUCUUAAAAAGGACUAAAGCUGCUGUUUCUCCUAAGCCAAUUGUGAUGAGAGCUGAAUUUGCACAUUGUCCUAAUCUCACCAUUAUUGAUACUCCAGGCUUUGUCCUUAAGGCAAAGAAGGGGGAACCAGAGAAAACCCCUGAGGAAAUUCUUUCAAUGGUGAAGUCCUUGGCUAGCCCUCCUCACCGAAUUCUUUUGUUCCUUCAACAAAGUAGUGUGGAAUGGUGUUCAUCUUUGUGGUUGGAUGCAAUUCGGGAGAUUGAUCCUACAUUCAGAAGGACAAUAAUAGUUGUCUCCAAAUUUGACAAUCGGCUCAAGGAAUUUAGCGACCGAUGGGAAGUAGAUCGUUAUUUGAGUGCGAGUGGGUACCUUGGUGAGAGCACUCGCCCAUUCUUUGUGGCUUUACCGAAGGACAGAAGCACCAUCUCAAAUGAUGAGUUCCGGAGGCAAAUAACUCAGGUGGAUUCAGAAGUCCUACGUCAUUUACGUGAUGGUAUUAAGGGAGGAUUUGAUGAAGACAAGUUUAGGCCUUACAUUGGUUUUAGCAGUUUGAGGGACUAUCUGGAGUCAGAGCUGCAAAAGAGAUAUAAAGAAGCUGCUCCAGCAACACUAGCUUUGCUUGAGCAGCGGUGUGGUGAAGUUUCCAAUGAGUUGGCCAAAAUGGAUUCUAAAAUACAGGCUACUUCUGAUGUUGCUCAUCUGCGCAGAUCUGCAAUGUUGUACACAGCUUCUGUUAGCAAUCAUGUGGGAGCUUUGAUUGAUGGAGCAGCGGAUCCUGCACCAGAGCAGUGGGGGAAAACAACAGAGGAGGAGCAGUCAGAGAGUAGUAUUGGGAGUUGGCCAGGUGUUAUUGUCCACAUAAAACCUCCUAAUGCUACGCUUAGGCUCUAUGGAGGUGCUGCUUUUGAGAGAGUGAUACAUGAGUUCCGGUGUGCUGCAUAUUCCAUUGAAUGCCCAACCAUAUCUAGGGAGAAGGUGGCAAAUAUAUUACUUGCCCAUGCUGGCAGAGGAGGGGGUAGAGGUGUAACAGAAGCUGCUGCAGAGAUUGCUCGUGCUGCUGCCCGGUCAUGGCUUGCUCCUCUUCUUGACACUGCCUGUGAUCGGCUUGCCUUCGUUUUGGGGAACCUCUUUGAUCUUGCUCUGGAAAGAAAUCGUAUUCGUGACUCAGAACAUGCAAAGAAAAAUGGAAAUAUGGAUGGCUAUGUUGGCUUUCAUGCUACCUUAAGGCAUGCUUACAAUAGAUUCAUAAAAGACCUUGCCAAACAAUGCAAGCAAUUAGCUAGGCAUCAUCUUGAUUCAGUUACGAGCCCAUAUUCUCAGGUCUGUUAUGAGAACGACAUUCAAGGAGGCUUUGGCAUGAGUACGGCAUCUAUCUUUAAAUUCAACCAAGCAUCCGCUGGUUCAUUUUGUUUUGAGCUAUCAGAUGCCAGGGAAUCAUCCCACGAUGAAGCAAUGAGAGAACAAGAGAACAUGCCUCCAGAAAAGAAUGCACAACAGCAAACCACUCCAGGAAAAGGUACAGGAGCUAGAGAAGCUCUCAAAGAAUGCCAAAUGACUGUUCCUGAAACCCCAUCUCCUGACCAACCAUGUGAUGUGGUAUAUGGUGGGGCAAAGAAGGAGCUUGGAAACUGCAUUGAAGCUGGACCAAGAAAGCGGAUUUCAAGAAUGACAGGAAAUAACAGAAAUACUGAGCAUUUAAGAGUUCAAAAUGGCGGUGGUCUUCUAUUUGGAAGUGGAGAUAGUGAUUCAAGAUCUUGCUCAGCUUACUCAGAAAUAUGCUCAUCUGCUGCACAGCAUUUUGCACGGAUACGUGAAGUUCUUGUUGAGCGAAGUGUGAUGUCAACCUUGAACUCUGGAUUCUUGACCCCUUGCCGGGAUCGUCUUGUUGUGGCACUUGGGCUGGAUUUGUUUGCUAUAAGUGAUGAGAAAUUCAUGGACAUGUUUGUUGCACCUGAUGCAAUUGAUGUGCUACAGAAUGAGAGACAAUCUCUUCAGAAGCGCCAGAAAAUACUGCAGUCUUGCUUGAAUGAGUUCAAAAAUAUUGCUAGGGCUCUUUGAUGGCAGCCAAUAUCUAUAAUGAUAAAGUGAAAAAUGCUUCACUUCUGGUGAACAUGCAAGUUCUCAAGCUUGUUGUAUAGGCUAGCAUUUCAUUAUGUGAAACAUUUUAUGCCUGUAAUAUUUGCAAAAGUUUUCUUUUUGCCAAUUGUUUACAGAAUAUAUUUUAAUGAUAUUUUAUUCAUAGCUCGAUAUACAUAA